GUGGGGUUUCUCCGGGUACUCCGGUUUCCUCGCACAUCUCAAAAACAUACAUGGCAUUGAAGAAUCUAAAUUGCCAGUAGGUGUGGAUGUGGAAAAUGCCACAGUAUUAAAGUAUUGCAACUUGUUUACCUUGUAAAGUUAAGCGCAUUGUAUGAGUUUGCGGCCCAUCUGCCACAUCCAAUACGGCGGAAGCGCUGACGUAUCGCCGCAACGGAAAAACAUGCCCACGCGGUGUCUACUUGUAAAUACCUAUGUACGGCGGUCAGCGUUUAUUGACGGUGGCUCCAAACUGUUUCCGCGUUGUACAUUACUCAAUAACAUCUAUCUCAACAACGGAGGGGUCGAUUUGUUCGCUAUGAUAGGUUAAUGUUGUUUCUCAACGCUCGUCAAAAUCUUAUUUAUGCUGUUUUUGAUAAGAGCCUACACUAAAUAGUUUACUGUUUCCCAAAUUAGAAUGGUCGCUGAGCCGGAUCGCUAAAUCAUUUGAAAUUAUGCUCAAGGAGGGUUCUCUUAAAUACAUUUACGAACUACGAUUGCGGUAGUCUAUAAAAGUAUGCUAAUGACAUUGUCUGGUUUAUUGUUCAAGCAAUGCAGCUAACGAAUAAAUAGAAAUAUAUAUCUUGGUUUUGUGAAAGUGUUGGUUUGCUUGCACUUCGGCAGGUUGUCUAUCUCUGCCACAAGUAAUAUAAUGUUGAAGUAGGAGUAGUAAAACGUUGAUUUAAAUGUCAACAGAAAAUGUCACGCUUGCCUUUGUCAGACAUUUUUAAUCUACAGAUAAUUUGAAACGUAUGCUUUUGUGUUUGGUUAUUUGGCAAUUUAGCUUAGCAGACCUGAUGUAAUUUCGGUGAUUGAUUGAUUCGAUUGUUUAUGUGGUACCACAACAUAUGUCUUCUUACUAAGUACACGUUCAAACCCUAUGUGUGAACCAUGGAUUCAAAUGUUGAAUUUUGAAUUUGCAAUCAGUACAAUAUCUCCAUCCGUCCCUAGCAGCUGUGGCCAUGAGCGUGACAUGCCCAGGCCUUUACUGUGGCAGAAUAAUGUUCAAUGGGUCAGUGGAAAGAGACUGUGGUGUUUGCCCUCGUGGAGAGCGGGCCAACCUUCAGAAGGUGUGUGAACGCUGCACUGAGUUCCCUGAACUUUAUGAUUGGCUCUAUCUCGGCUUUAUGGCCAUACUGCCUCUCGUGCUGCACUGGUUCUUCAUUGAGUGGUAUUCUGGAAAGAAAAGUUCCAGUGCUUUGAUGCAGCAUAUCACAGCCUUGUUGGAGUGCAGUGUGUCUGCGAUGGUCACGCUGUUGGUCACAGAGCCAAUAGGGAUGCUCAGUAUCAACUCCUGCCGAGUCCAGAUGCUGUCAGACUGGUACACCAUGCUGUAUAAUCCCAGUCCAGACUACAUCAACACUUUACACUGCACCCAGGAGGCGGUUUACCCACUUUAUACCAUUGUGUUAAUCUAUUAUGCCUUCUGCUUGGUGCUGAUGAUGCUGCUGCGCCCUCUGUUGGUUAAAAAGAUAGCAUGUGGUCUGGGCAAAUCAGAUCGAUUUAAGAGCAUCUAUGCUGCUCUGUACUUCUUCCCCAUUCUCACAGUGCUUCAGGCUGUUGGUGGAGGACUGCUCUAUUAUGCGUUUCCCUACAUAAUACUUGUUCUGUCUCUGGUCACUCUGGCUGUGUACAUGUCUGCCACUGAGAUACAGUCCUUUAAGAACCUGGCUGCUAAGAAGAAACGCCUGGUCGUUCUGUUCAGUCACUGGUUGCUCCAUGCAUAUGGCAUCAUCUCUAUUUCACGCCUGGACAAGCUGGAGCAGGAUCUUCCACUGUUGGCUCUUGUACCUGGUCCCGCCAUGUUCUACAUUGCUACAGCUAAGUUCACAGAGCCAAGCCGCAUCCUGUCAGAGGGCAGCAAUGGACACUGAACCUUCAAAUAAUAUUUCUAGCAACCAUUUGUAAAUUAAUAGCCUUAUACACAGUGGAAAUGUCAUGUCAGUUGUACUACACGAGUAAAGAUUUGUAAACAUAUAUGUCUGUGGACAAACAAGAUGAUCACUGUCAUGCAUGUCUCCUCUGUAAGGGUACAACAGUCACUGAAAUAUGUGAGUUAACUAAAGUGUAUGUGAAGUCAA